CGUACGGUGGCGGUGCUCCGGCCUCUUUCUCCCCACGGACCUCGCUGGUAGAAGGACGCGCUACGCAACACCGCAAAGAUGGGGAAGGCUUUAGAUCCAGUUAGUUUCCUUAAGGAUUUCCUUGCCGGUGGCAUCGCCGCCGCCAUUUCCAAGACAGCUGUAGCGCCGAUUGAGCGUGUAAAGCUGCUGCUUCAGGUGCAGGCCGCCUCUAAACAGAUUAGUGCCGAAACUGCUUACAAGGGCAUGGUAGAUUGUUUCGUCCGUAUUCCUAAAGAACAAGGCGUCCUUGCAUACUGGCGUGGUAACCUUGCCAACGUUAUUCGUUAUUUCCCCACUCAGGCGCUCAACUUCGCUUUCAAGGACAAGUAUAAGCAGGUUAGCUGCUGAUAUUGGCAAGGGCCCUGAACAGCGUGAAUUCAAGGGUUUGGGAGAUUGCCUUGUGAAGAUCUUCAAAGCUGAUGGCCCCAUUGGUCUCUACAGAGGUUUUGGUGUAUCAGUUCAGGGUAUUAUCAUUUACCGUGCUGCAUUCUUUGGGUUCUACGAUACUGCUAAGGGCAUGCUUCCUGCAAAGAAUAGUGGAAUCUUCAUUUCUUGGGUUAUUGCUCAGACAGUAACCACAAUCUCUGGCAUUAUCUCCUAUCCAUUUGAUACUGUGCGUCGGCGCAUGAUGAUGCAGUCUGGUCGCAAAGGAGGAGAUAUCAUGUACAAGAACACAAUAGACUGCUGGAGGAAGAUUGCCAAGAAUGAGGGUAGUGCAGCCUUCUUCAAGGGUGCCUUUUCCAACAUCCUUAGGGGUACUGGUGGUGCCCUUGUGCUUGUGAUGUAUGAUGAAAUCCAGCUGCUGCUUUUCGGUACUAAGUCUGGUGGCGGCGAGUAAACUAGAGAUAAUACGCAUCUGCUAAAACAACCAGUUGGGGAGGAUAAAUUUUGGACAGGUGUAUGGGUCAAGCAUGUACAAAUUGCUGUUGAAGCCCAGUUAACCUGUCGAAAGUGUGUAUAGUAUAUAGUUCCAUGAACUGUACUUGCCUGUCCAAGAAAUAGAUCUACAGGUUGAUGGCCCAUGUUCAUAUUUUAUAUUCAUUUAAAACUCCUUGAUGGGAUUUUAGAAUAUAGUUUGUACAGAAUCAUCUACAAUACAUAAGCCAUAUCGUCACGAAUUUUCAAUGGCAAAACCAUUCCUGUAAUAAAUUAUAAUAAGUUAAAUAAAAAUUGUAAACUGA